AGGCCGUGGCAGGCGAAGAGAGAGGAGGUGGGGCUGGGUUCCCUCCCUGUUGGUUGUUUGGCCUGAGGUGACCCAACACUGGAGCCUACCCAGGCUCUUUGAUGGGGCUAAUGGCGGACUCUGGGAGGGCUCACGCCAAGGAGUACUUCCCAGAACUUCUGCUGCCAGUGUCCUUGUCCUCACGGUGAGCCACAGCCACCUUCCACCUCAGCAGGAGACCCUCCAACACUAGCAGUUCUCCAAGGUCUCCACUCAGGGCAGUGAGAAUCUUUGACUGUGGAACAUUGGACAUGAGCUUUGCCAUUGGCUGGUUGAGAAGGAGAAGGCAGAAUGUCUGCCUUGUUACACCACAGAGCUCAAACUUCAGAAGACUUUGAGUUAAGCAGUGUCAUUUACUAUGCACAUGAUUAUGUCUUCGUCUGUCCUACAUGAUCAUCACAAACUAAUGAAACAUCUUUUAGGUCUUAUGAAUUCAGGUUACACUUUUUCCUGGAUGCUCGGGCAACUGAUAGAGGACCUGUGAAAAAUGGAACCAAACUCUCUAAGGACAAAAGUCCCAGCUUUCUUAUCUGAUUUGGGGAAGGCCACAUUGAGGGGAAUCAGGAAGUGUCCCCGCUGUGGCACAUACAAUGGAACCCGGGGACUGAGCUGUAAGAACAAGACAUGUGGAACCAUAUUCCGGUAUGGCGCACGGAAGCAGCCUAGUGUUGAAGCUGUCAAAAUCAUAACAGGCUCUGAUCUGCAAGUCUACUCGGUGCGGCAAAGAGACCGGGGCCCUGAUUACCGAUGCUUUGUGGAGCUAGGUGUUUCAGAGACGACCAUCCAGACGGUGGAUGGGACAAUCAUCACUCAGCUGAGCUCUGGACGGUGUUAUGUCCCCGCAUGCUUGAAAGCUGCCGCCCAGGGUGUUGUGGAAAACCAGUGCCAGCACAUCAAGCUGGCCGUGAACUGCCAGGCAGAGGCCACCCCUCUGACGCUAAAGAGCUCGGUCCUGAAUGCAGUGCAGGCCUCCCCAGAAACCAAGCAAACCAUCUGGCAGUUGGCCACGGAACCCACAGGUCCCCUUGUACAGAGGAUUACUAAAAACAUUUUGGUGGUAAAAUGCAAGGCAAGCCAGAAGCAUAGUUUGGGGUAUUUGCAUACAUCGUUUGUGCAGAAAAUCAGUGCCAAAAGCUUGCCCGAGCGCCGUUUCUUCUGCUCCUGCCAGACUCUGAAAUCACAGAAGUCGAAUGCCUCCAAGGAUGAGGCGGUCCAGAGAUGCAUUCAUUUCUUUGCUUGCGUCUGUGCCUUUGCCAGUGACGAGACAUUGGCUCAGGAAUUCUCAGACUUCCUAAAUUUUGACUCCAGCGGUCUAAAGGAGGUUAUUGUGCCCCAGCUAGGUUGCCAUUCAGAAUCAACAGUAUCAGCUUGUGAAUCUACUGCCUCUAAGCCAAAGAAGAGGAAAAAGGAGGAAGUAUCUGGUGCACAGACGAACAGUUCACUGCUGCCUCAAGAUGCAGUGAGCAGUAAUCUAAGGAAAAGUGGCCUGAAAAAGCCUGUGGUUGCUUCUUCAUUAAAAAGGCAGGGCUGUAGUCAGCUGUUAGAUGAGGCACAAGUGACCUUAUCCUUCCAGGACUGGCUGGCCAGUGUCACAGAACGCAUCCAUCAAACCAUGCACUAUCAGUUUGAUGGCAAACCAGAGCCACUGGUGUUCCACAUUCCUCAGUCCUUUUUUGAUGCCCUGCAACAGAGAAUAUCCAUAGGAAGUGCAAAAAAACGGCUUCCCAACUCUACUACAGAAAGUAAAAUACUGAGUAUACAAAAGCUCUGUGCCAAGACCCUCCGCAGCCUGGCCAGUACUAGGCCCACUGUCCGGCAGUCUGCAUGUCGCCCGGUCUCGGUCACCGGAGCCACUGGUCACUCAGGACAGGAAGCGCUGCCUGCUCUCCCUCAGCGAUUGCCUCUCCUCUGUGGCUUUGCACGUCAGGCUGGCAGCGCUGUCUUUAUCUGGUAG